UUGACUGAUGGUUUACGCUACGUACCUAAAAUCAUUUUGUGGAAAAUUUGAAGUUUGUUGUUUUAGUGACAACUUAUUCAUAAUUAUUUAUGAAAGCUUUGUGCUAAUUACCAUUCCAGGCGCGAGGCAGAAUUAUUCUGUAGCAGUCGGCCUGGAUGCGUAAAGUCACUAAGAGUUCGAGCGGUUGUACGGUAGCCAUCUUGGAUUCGAACAAAGCUUCAGAUGUGUAGUUUGUCUGUUUAUCAAUAAUUUUUGUGCAUUUUAUUGUAAAUAGUUUGUAUGUUUAGGAUAUGUACGGAACGUUCGUCCAUAUGUGUAAAUAGCUAUGGCUGCGUCAAGGAAAUUACAAGGUGAAAUAGACAGGUGUUUAAAAAAGGUCACAGAGGGGGUUGAGACAUUUGAAGACAUCUGGAAGAAAGUGCACAAUGCGACAAAUAGCAAUCAGAAGGAAAAAUAUGAGGCCGAUCUCAAGAAGGAGAUUAAAAAACUCCAGAGGCUACGGGAUCAGAUCAAGUCAUGGAUCGCCUCCGGGGAGAUUAAGGAUAAGAGUACACUUUUAGACAAUAGGAAACUAAUAGAAACGCAAAUGGAAAGAUUUAAGGUAGUAGAACGAGAAACAAAAACCAAGGCAUAUUCGAAAGAAGGUCUCGGCGCUGCACAGAAACUGGACCCUGCGCAGAAGGAGAGAGAAGAGAUGUCCUCUUGGCUCAGUUCUUCUAUAGAUGCACUUAAUUUACAUGUUGAUUUAUUUGAGUCUGAAGUAGAGUCACUGUUAGUGGGUAAGAAGAAACGUUUGGAUAAGGAGAAGCAGGAUCGUAUGGAGGAGUUGAAGGUGAAGCUGGAGAAGCACAGGUUCCACAUAAAGAAACUUGAAACGUUGCUUCGCAUGCUCGACAACAUGUCCGUCGAAGUCGACCAAAUAAAAAGAAUAAAAGACGAUGUUGAAUACUAUAUAGUGACAUCGUUUGAUUCAAACUACGACGAAACGGAUUGCAUAUACGACGACAUAAAUGGUCUUGACGAGAUCGAACUGAGUGGCGUUGGUCUGCCAUCCUCCGCCACCACAGACAGCAACAACAGCAAUGACUCGCCCGGCUCCCCCACCAGUAUACUAUCAGGUACCAGCCCCAUCACAUCACCAGCGUUAGAUACACUAAACCAUUCAACAGAUUCUAUAGAUGUGGAUAAGAAGAAGAAAGCGGAGGAACUUGUUGCCAAACCGGUCAAACCACUGCCACUCCGCGCUGUGAACAGCUGCGCGGUCAGUAAUAGCGCAACUAAUCUUACUUCCUUGCUCAAUAACUCCGCCGCAUCCACGAAUAGUAUAAACACAACAGGGGCAUCGGGGACGUCAACACCCAUCAAGCUGCCGCUGGCACCCAGUCCUCCACAUCUCACUCAUCUACACCAGAGGAACAAUACCGAGAUAGUGGAGAAUGGUCCAGUAUCAAUCGCACCAUUACACAACGCUGUUAUCCAUCAAACACCACUCGCUCAACCCCUGCCUACGUCAAAAAGCGCGUCUGCGACGCCUUCAAGCGCGAGUUCGACGAGCGGCGGGGGCGCGGGGGCGACCACGCCGGCACCCCGAGAGCCUUCGCCCCCACCCGCCCCCGCGCCCGCACCUGCGCCUGCGCCGGCACCUGUGUCCGCGCCCGCGCCUGCGCCCACGCUCAACGGGCCAAUCCUCCUCACCAAUGCGCACGCACUCGCGCAGCCUCACCAUCAUAUCGCAGACAACGGUAUCCCGAGCCCACCGCUGAGCGCACCAACGCCCGCCGGCACUGCCUCCCUCAAGAGUAUGGCGCAGGAGGCUGUACAGAGAGCGGGACUAGACGCUCACCAUACACAGAGCACAAGAAGAGGAACCGCAUUAUCUCAAGCACACAUCCCUCCUUUAUUAGGCGUUGCACCUUUGGGACCUUUGCCUUUAACAAAUGAGCAUCAGUUACAGUACCGCAUGAUGGAGUCAUCAUUCUUCCAUAUGCCGCAUCCGUCCGACUCGGAGCGCAUGCGCAACUACCUGCCGCGCAACAUCUGCCAGACGCCCGUCUACUACAACCAGGUGUUGUUACCGCACUCGGAUUCGGUGGAGUUCUUCCAGCGGUUGUCAACGGAGACGUUAUUCUUCGUGUUCUACUAUAUGGAGGGCACGAAGGCGCAGUACCUCGCAGCAAAGGCGCUCAAGAAACAGAGCUGGCGCUUCCACACCAAGUACAUGAUGUGGUUCCAGAGGCAUGAGGAGCCCAAGGUCAUCAAUGAGGAGUAUGAACAGGGCACGUAUAUAUACUUCGACUACGAGAAGUGGGGCCAGAGGAAAAAGGAGGGCUUCACGUUCGAGUACAAGUACUUAGAGGACCGCGACUUGAACUGAGGGCGGGCCUCGUGCAGGCGGCGUGCAGGUAGCGCGCUAGCCCCGCCUAGCCCCGCCCCGCCUAGCUCCGCCUAGCCCCGCCACUACCGCUACCCCGACCUAUGGAAAAGUAAAUUCUCUUUCAUUCCGUUAAGAGUAUUAUAUUUAUAAAUUCGGCCCCUCGGUCUCUGUGAUGACACGCGCCGGCCGUAUUAUAUUAUAUUAUUUAAAACUCGACUUUAUAAAAGUGAAUACAAGAUUGCACGAAAAUGUCUCAACAAAAUGAUCAUAUCGAAGUAGAAUAGUGAGUGGAGGUGACUUGAGGUGUGCCGGGGGAGGGGACAGCAGGGGAGGGCAGUGCAGCGCGGAGGCCCGGGCAUGGCAUGUCAUGUGAUGCAAUAACUUUAGUCCGCCCCGUGGGCUAGUAUUUAAAAAGAAAUGUGAUAUCGAUAUAGGAACGCCCGGAGCGUAUUCGGAUGCACGACAUCUUUAUUUAAUAUGUUCGUUCUUCUGUAAUAAAAUUUAUGUUUUUUUUUUUUAAUAUAAUC